GUUUGCUUUUUAUAUUCAGCUGAUUUCGACAAUUGCUUGUGCAUUACUGUAUUCCUCAAAUGUUCUGUAAAACAGAUAAAUCAUAUAAUUUAAGUUAAGAAUUCAGGGAAAAUGUACUGAUUGGUUCUUGCUAUAUAAGUGAAUCUACGAGGAGCUUAGUGAGAUGUUCACUCUGUUACGGACGACGGGAAUUCCAUUGCUAGGCAGGAAUACCCCAAAAAGUAUCAUUCGAAUGAUAUACAGUACGCCAAUUCACCUCCAGUCCGAGGAAGUUGCAUACGAUGAGAUCCCUGUCAAUCGGAUUCGUAAUUUCAGUAUAAUUGCGCAUGUAGACCAUGGUAAAAGUACCCUAGCGGAUCGAUUACUAGAAUUAAGCGGUACGAUUGCGAAAAAUGCCGGCAACAAACAAGUUCUGGACAGUCUGCAAGUCGAGAAGGAGCGUGGCAUUACGGUUAAAGCUCAAACCGCAUCGCUGCUGUUCAAAUACGACGGUCAGGAUUACCUGCUAAAUCUGAUUGAUACGCCUGGGCAUGUGGAUUUUUCCAAUGAGGUUUCACGAUCACUGGCCGCCUGCGAUGGAGUGAUCCUGCUGGUGGACGCCAAUGAAGGCGUUCAAGCGCAAACCGUAGCCAAUUAUCACCUCGCAAAGUCGAAGCAGUUGGUCAUUGUUCCGGUUCUGAAUAAGAUUGACCUGAAAAAUGCUCGACCGGAUGCGGUGACACAGGAAUUAUUUACGCUUUUUGAAAUAGAUCCGGAUGAGGUGCUCAGAAUUUCCGCCAAACUGGGUACGGGCUGCAGUGAGAUUCUGAGGGAAAUAGUGAGAAGACUCCCAGCACCGAAUGCUUCGAGGAAAAAUAAUUUUCGAGCUUUGAUAUUUGACAGUUGGUUUGACCGCUAUCGCGGUGCGUUGAAUCUAAUCUACGUGAAAGAUGGAGAGAUUCGUACAGGUCAAGAAAUAGCUUCCUGCCACACCGGGAGGGCGUACGAGGUGAAAAGUUUGGCACUAUUGAGGCCAGAUGAGAAAAAGGUCGAUCGAUUAGUGGCGGGUCAAGUGGGACUUCUAGGAUGCAAUAUGCGAACCAGCAAAGAGUCAAGUAUCGGAGAUACUUUAUAUCUUAAGAAAGACAAAACUUGUGUUCCGCUGCCAGGUUUCCAACCACAGCAGGCGAUGGUAUUUGCUGGAGUCUAUCCGGCUGAUCAAUCCCAGCAUCCUUACCUCAAAAGCGCUAUCGAAAAACUAGUUUUGAAUGAUUCUGCUGUGACGGUUAGCCCAGACUCUAGUCCAGCCCUGGGGCAAGGCUGGCGGUUAGGGUUCUUGGGUCUGUUACAUUUAGAUGUUUUCAAUCAAAGACUUCAACAAGAAUACGAUGCGGAACCAAUCCUCACUGCUCCGUCGGUUACCUAUAAAAUUAAAUUGAAAGGUGCCAAAGUUAUUGCUGCCAAUGGUGGUAAUGAAAUAGUUUAUGUUAGUAAUCCUGCCUUAUUUCCGGAUAAACCAUCGGUUGAAGAAUGUUAUGAACCGUUUGUGCUGGGGACAAUUAUUGCUCCAACGGAAUGUACCGGACCAAUCAUCGGGCUGUGUGUGGAGCGUAGGGCGAUCCAGAAAACUUCCAUCAACAUCGAUAACGAUCGAAUCAUGACAACUUACCUGAUGCCCUUGAAUGAGAUCGUACUGGACUUUCACGAUCAGCUCAAGUCCCUGAGUUCCGGGUAUGCCAGUUUCGAUUACGAGGAACAUGGUUAUGUGUCGAGCACACUGGUUCGGAUCGAUAUACUACUAAACGGUCAGUUGGUGGAUGAACUGUGUACUGUGGCGCAUAUUAGCAAAGCACAAACCCACGCUAGGGAACUUGUGCUGAAGCUCAAAGAGCUCAUUCCUAGACAGAUGAUACAAAUCGCUAUUCAAGCGACAGUUGGUGGUAAAGUUAUCGCUCGGGAAACACUGAAGGCCUACCGGAAAGACGUUACAGCAAAAUUGUAUGGUGGCGAUGUCACCAGAAGGAUGAAGCUGCUUAAACAACAGUCCGAUGGAAAGAAGAAAAUGAGAGCGAUUGCAAAUAUUAAUGUUCCGAAGGAUACGUUCAUCAAUGUGUUGAAACGACAUUACCAGAAAACGAUACAAAACCAUACGAGUGCAUUUGGUGUGUGAAAUAGUGUGGCAUUCGGACUUGGCAAAUAUUAACGGAACUACCAGUAGAGGACGACAUCGCCAGGAUGCUGCCGGCGAAGCGAACGGAGAAAGCCAACAACAACCACAUCGAGGCAGCAGGACCACUCCAGCAUGCAGCAACGACCAGAAGGCAA